GCAACGGUUGACCGACAAAACUAACACCGUACAAGUGUUUGUGUGUGUUUGUUUCCGGGUAGUUUGCUGAAAUUUGUAGUCAUUUUAUAGCAUGAGGAUAUACCAUUAUUGUCAGUUGACAUGUACUUAGGGUGUUCUUUGAUAGUGGUAUAACCUCACCGUUCUUCUACUUCACGUACACAUCGUAGAACAAGGAACCGUUGCAUACACAGGCAACCAGGCUAAACCUCUACAGAAAAGUGAAGCCACGAGAUAGAAACUACAAUAAUCAUGGGUCAAGUCGUGGCAUACCUCCGACGAUUGAUAUUUCAAGGGGAAUAUGAACAAAGAAGUGAAGCAAAUGAGCCAUGUCGAAAGCGAGCCUGUUCUGACGACUUGAGGGGAGACUACGGUCAGGAAACCAGUGACAAAAGUAGGGGAGACUACGGUCAGGAAACCAGCGACAAAAGUAGUGAUCAACUCCCAGGCUCACCCAGGGUGCCCUACAACAAGAAAGCAAAGCACGAUGCCCCUGCCGGACAAGACCAAGAUAGUUCAUCUGAUACAUCUGAUAGUUCAUCUGAUACACCCCAACAGUCAGGAAACGAGAGAGGAGAAGCCUCCAAAAUCCGAAAUGAGGACAAUCCAAGGAGGACAGCAGGAAAGAGGAGUUCGAAACGAUCCAGAUUGAGGAAUCCAGAGAGAGGUACGUCUACCGAAAUACAAGAGCCAGGAGAUACUGAAACAAUCAUUCACUACAAGUGCAACAACUUCUACUUAAUCCAAAGCCCUUUGACUUUGGGUGACAGUACGGGAAACGCAUAUAACUACGACGUGUCAGCCAAAUUUUACGGAAUAAAAGAAGGGAGAAGAGACGAAGGUCAAACACGGAGUUUGCUAGAAAUAAUCCGAAAGCUUGUUGAGGCAAACGAGCCUGAAGUGACGUCUCUAAAAGAUAUCUGCAGAGAGUGUGAUGCAGCGACUAUUGGCGUCGAGAAGGGAUGCGUUAAGGUCACCUUCCGUUUCAAUAGUAAGGAAGGCCUGCAGAGAUUCUGGGCCAAGUACUCAAGCGGGGAGCUUCAGCAACGUCUCAAGGCGGACUUGCCCAUCGGAAAGGUGGAGAUGUCGGCAGAUGAUUAUGCGAGAGGCUGUGAAUUCUUUGAAGGGUCAGGAAGGAGGAGUCGAAAAGUACCAGAAAGUAGAGACCCUGACUUGACUGCCAGUUUGGAUACUGUGGAGUAUUAUAUAGCUGAAUAUGUUCGUCAUCGGAACGCAACAUUGAAGCUGCUCCGUGCCUGGACACAGGACUAUGCAAAUCCCUGGAAAAGAAUUACCAAGAUAUUCAGCCUCACGAGUGCGGCAUUGUACGUAAUGCACGUUGAAAAUAAAGCUGCAUCCAAAUCAACUGUCUAG